UGGAUUCUUAUUUUCUCGUGUACCCAAUUCUGAAAUUUUAUUUGAAUGCUUCAUUAGCUCCCAGAUGUUAAUUGUUGUUGUAUUAUUGUAUUUUUUGUUUUAUUAGUUGGAGGGAAAACGAGGGUUUUCAUUUUUGUGUCAUUUUCGUUAUUUCCCUAAUGUAUGGUAAUCAAUAGGUUGAUUGUUCUUUUGGGGGUAGUUCAAGUUCAUUUUUUUUUUAUAAUUUUUUAUUUUGAAUUUAGUUGUUGCUUUUGUUCUGUGGGAAAUGUGAGGUACUGAAAAGUUAGAUUUUUGAUAGAGCUAAUGGUGUCUAUGGAUGCAUGUAGCCAAAUCACAUGUGUGAGCACCGAAGUUGACAUUCCAGGUGAUGCUGCUGCGUGUCAAGAGAACACCAAGAAGAGGGGACAUGCUGAUUCAAGCUGCAAGGUGGGAUCUAAAGCUUGCCGUGAGAAGUUGCGGAGGGAGAGACUCAAUGAAAGGUUCUGUGACUUGAGCUCUGUUUUGGAGCCAGGGAGACCUGUGAGAACAGAUAAACCAGCUAUACUUGAUGAUGCUAUCAGAGUCUUGAGUCAACUUAAAACUGAAGCUCAGGAGCUCAAAAAAACAAAUGAAAAAUUACUAGAGGAAAUAAAAUGUUUAAAGGCAGAGAAAAAUGAACUUCGGGAAGAGAAACUUGUUCUGAAAGCAGAUAAGGAAAGGAUUGAGAAGCAGUUGAAGGCCUUACCCGUUGCACCAGCAGGGUAUAUGACUCCACCUGUAGCUGCUGCUGCAUAUCAAGCAGGGGUUAACAAGAUGGCUCUUUAUCCAAACUAUGGCUACAUCCCAAUGUGGCAAUAUCUUCCUCAAUCUGUCAGAGACACAUCUCAUGAUCAUGAGCUCAGGCCUCCUGCUGCAUAGUUGGUUCCUUCCAUUGUUACUCUUUGGAUAAUUAUUUCACAACAUUGGCGAAGUAUUGACAUGUAAAUAUUGUCAUCCUUCGAUUUUUUUUAUAAUAAAAAUGAGAAAUAAUUUUGAUAAUAAAAAUGAGAAUUUGAGGGGUUUAA